AUGGCCUCUGCUGCAGGAACAGAUACUCCAAAGGACCUGGCGGUACGAGUCAAGCUGCUAGAGAUGUUUACAUUACACGUUCUUCCUCGAAACGAGGAAUGGGAAUAUGCCCGGGAGUUUAUCAAUCUCAGCGAAGCCUUGGAUGACGAUAGGAAGGAGGCAUUCAUUCAGACCUUGGAUAAUCUACUGGAAGAAAAGGAGAAGGGAGUACAACGGGCCACUGAGAUACAACAAGAGAAAGAAGAAGAGCUUGAGCGACGGCGGAAACAGCGAGAAGACGAAGAAAGACAACGAGCUGAAGAAGAGAAGAAGAAACAGGAGCGGGAACACAAGCAGAAACAACAACAAGAAACAUCGGGCGGGAAGUCGAUGAGCAACCACAAAAGAUCAAGCAGUGAAGUGGACUACGGGAUCGAAAAAUCGAAUCCAAAUUCUCCUAUGAAAUCUCGAGUUGUUAAACCAGCAUUAAAGAAAACCCAGCCACCAGAACCAUCUUCGGCCAAAGAAACGAAGAAGAGCACCACCGGGAAACCGCAACCCCUUGUACUUGCACGUAUGGAAGUACUAGCGAAGCUACUUGUCACCUUUAUGAAGAACCUAUCUCGAUCACUCGUCUCGAACCCACUAUCAUACUUGAAAUCCCUUCUUGUCGUUUUGGGCGUCCUCAUGGCGUUGGGAAGAACGGAUGUUCGAAACCGCAUUCGUCAAGUCACCGGAGCCGGCUGGCAGAAGGUCAGGGGUACUAUUGGAAUGGGCGUUAAGGUCAGCUAUAUCUAA